UAAAUAUAUUACUUUCAAUGUCUUUGGUGAAUCAGGUUUUGUCCGUAUACAAAAUGUAAAACUUCCCUCGUCAUCUGAAUCAAUGCUAGUGGGGAAUGAUCAGGUCUGUGAACAUAUAUGUUUGUCUGAUUGCUCGUGUAAUGCUUAUGCUUACAGUAGGUGGACAGUGCUUAUUAUGGAAUGGCGAUCUGUUCGAUCUGAAAAGAAUACUUAACAAUUCAAGUCAAGUAGAGCUCAACCUUAAGCUUUUUGAGAGCUCCAACAAAGGAAAGAAGAAACCACUGUUGGUAGCACUAGCAGCAUCCAUCACUUCAGCAAUAUUUGUCUGUGGUACAUGCUGUUACUUUCUAUGGAGAAGAAAUCUCAGGGAAAAAGGGAUUUUGAGAAAGAAAAAGUUCAGGGAAAUGUUACUUUCUGAGUCAGCAACUAACUUGGCAAAACCUGAACAUUCCAGUAAUAAGGGACAAGAAAAGAAAAGUGACAUUGAACUGAAGUUCUUUGAAUUACAUGACCUGAAAGUUGCGACGGACAAUUUUUCGCUCGACAAUAAGCUUGGAGAAGGAGGUUUUGGGGCUGUUUUUAAGGGUCAAUUACCAGAUGGGCAGCAAAUAGCUGUGAAAAGGCUAUCAACUCAAUCAAGGCAAGGUAUAAGUGAAUUCAAAACUGAGGCCCUUCUCAUUGCAAAACUCCAACACAGAAAUCUUGUUAGGUUCUUUGGCUGCUGUGUAGAAGACGAGGAGAAAAUGUUGAUAUAUGAAUACAUGCCAAAUAAAAGUCUAGACUAUUUCAUAUUUGACGAGAGCAGGAAGUCGUUGCUUGAUUGGAAAAAGCGGCAUGAAAUCAUUAUUGGAAUAGCUAGAGGGAUACUCUAUCUUCAUCAGGACUCAAGACUGAAAAUAAUACACCGGGAUCUGAAACCCAGCAACAUUCUUUUGGAUGAAGAUAUGAACCCCAAGAUAUCCGAUUUUGGUACUGCUAGAAUAUUUAGUGGAAACCAAAAUGAAGCUAAGACUCUUCGAGUUGUUGGAACAUAUGCCUAUAUGUCACCUGAAUAUGCUCUAGCUGGUUUGUUCUCUGUAAAAUCCGAUGUCUUUAGCUUUGGCGUUAUGGUAUUGGAGGUCAUUAGUGGAAAAAAGAACAGGAUAUCUCAUGACAGUGAUUCCCCUCCAAAUUUGAUACGGCAGGCCUGGGAACUGUGGAAUGACGGUAUGGCCUUUGAGCUGAUAGAUCCAACAAUAGUUGAUUCUUGUACCAAUGAGGAAGUACUACGCUGUAUUCAAAUAGGACUAUUGUGUUUGCAUAUCGAUGCAGCACACAGACCAACGAUGUCAUCAAUUCUGUUCAUGCUAAGUAAUGAGGCAACAGUUCCCUCCCCGAAGCAGCCAUUGAUUACCCUUACCUCCAAAUUGAAUACUACAGAAACAACAUCAUCUUCGAUCAAUGAGGUGACAAUUACAGCACCUGAUGUUCGUUAGUUGUCUGAUAUGUUUAUCUAUUUCUGUUAUAUGUUGACCAAACAUUCAAGUUGGCAGUACUUCCUAAAGUAUGAGGUAAUCUUCCAUGACUCAAUGCAUUAAAUUAGAAUAGAAUUUGAUAUAAUAAAUGAUUGUAACAUGACAACUGCUCUUCAAAGGAAACAAUGACAUAUUAUUUUGAUUUCAGGCACAAAGAGAGAUUGAAACUUCAA